GCAAUAACAGAUUAUUCAUGGGAAAUUGAAUGAAGCAGUAGCCGUGGGCUUUUCUUGUCGACCAAGUCUGAAAUUAAUCACCCCAAGAUCCCUGGCAGCUCAAUAUAUAACUACCGAGCCUUGGGGUUAUUGAAUCUUAUGGGAAGACAGAGAUAGAGUUCCUGCAGCAUAAGAGGAAAGACAAGGAAAGAUGCCAGAAUACUGUGUCACAGGGGGCACAGGGUUCAUAGCUGCUUAUCUUAUAAAGUCUCUCUUGGAGAAGGGUUAUACUGUGAGGACCACUGUAAGAGAUCCAGAAAAUGUGGAGAAGGUAGCAUACCUUUGGGAGCUAAAUGGAGCUAAGGAGAGGCUCAAGGUUCUCAAAGCUGACUUGCUCGUGGAAGGAAGCUUUGACGAGGGAAUUGAGGGGGUUGAUGGAGUCUUCCACACAGCGUCUCCAGUGCUUGUGCCAUAUGAUGAAAAUGUUAAGGCAAAUUUAAUUGAUCCUUGUAUAAAGGGCACCUUGAAUGUGUUAACCUCUUGCAAGAAAGCAAGGAGCUGUAGAAGGGUGGUCCUAACAUCUUCGUGUUCUGCAAUAAGAUAUCGAGAUGAUGCUCAGCAAAUUUCUCCACUUAAUGAAUCUCAUUGGAGCGAUACAGAAUACUGCAAACGCUACAAUCUGUGGUAUGCCUAUGCAAAGACUAUAGCAGAGAAAGAGGCUUGGAAAUUUGCAGAAGAAAGUGGAAUUGAUCUAGUGGUGGUCAGCCCCUCUUUCGUAGUAGGUCCUUUGCUCGCACCCCAACCAACCAGUACGCUGCAAAUGAUAUUGGCCAUUGUAAAAGGUCUGAUUAAAGAACACCCGAAUACAACAGUAGGGUUUGUGCAUAUAGAUGAUGUCGUUGCAGCACAUAUAUUAGCAAUGGAGGAAAGCAAAGCAUCAGGCAGACUGGUAUGUUCAAGCUCAGUAGCUCACUGGUCCGAGAUCAUUGAGAUGCUAAGGAACAAGUAUCCAGCCUACAACUACAUAAACAGGUGUAGCAACACAAAAGGAGAUGAUAAUCCACACAGCAUGGACAGCAAUAAAAUCAUACAGCUUGGGCUCCCACCGCUGAAAUCCCUUGAUCAAAUGUUUGAGGACUGCAUCAGAAGCUUCCAAGAGAAGGGCUUCCUCUAAGAUCAACCAAAUCUUCUGAAACGCCCUCUCAAUUCAAAGAUCCUAUCCGCUAGGAGUACAUGUACUGAUUUACCGACUGUUCUUGAAUCAUAUUGUCCUGCUAAAACAUAUUUUAACCAUUCAAAUAUAUCAGUAUGCCAAAUAAUGCUGGCCUGCGAAGCCAGGCUCUUGAUCAAAA